UCAUUUCCCCUCACUCAUUUCCAAAUCAAAUCCUACUGAAAUCCCCAAUAACCACAUAUACUCCUCAACACACCCAAAUUUGCAUUGCAUUUCAUCAAACAACAAACUCAAAAAAUGGCAUCAGCUCUGUUUUCUGCACCAACUUUCCAAGGUCUCAGACCUCUCAACAAACCCACCGACUCUUCCCUCUUCCUCAACAAACCCAUCGCCUUCAAACCUAUCACCAAAAAACCCCGAAAUCUCGCUGUGAAAGCUGAACUCAAUCCAUCCGUUGUCAUCAGUUUGAGCACUGGGCUUUCGCUUUUCCUUGGAAGGUUCGUUUUCUUCAAUUUCCAGAGAGAAAAUGUAGCGAAACAGGUGCCAUCUCAGAAUGGAAUUUCUCACUUUGAAGCUGGAGAUGUUAGGGCUAAGGAAUAUAUAAGUUUGUUAAAAUCAAAUGAUCCAGUUGGAUUCAAUAUUGUUGAUGUGCUUGCUUGGGGAUCUAUUGGACAUAUUGUUGCUUAUUAUAUCCUUGCUACUUCUAGCAAUGGAUAUGAUCCCAGUUUCUUUGGCUGAAUAUCAAACAAAAAUAUAUUUACUAUAUGUGUUUUUGUUAACUGAUUUUAUGUGAAAUUCAUGUGGUUUUGUGCCAAAGAAUUACUAGUACUAUCUCUGUUUUCUUUUGCAUUUGAA